AUUUUUCCUCUCUUCUUCUUCUUCUGCCACUGACCCGAGCGGCCAACCUCUUUCUCUAAAACCUCUCUCCCUAACUUGGUCUCCGGCGCCGUCGCCUUCGCCGGCCUGGGCCUUUCCGGCAGCGGUUCCCUCUUUCUUUCCCUUUCCUCUUUUCUUCUCUUCCCCUUCCUUCUGCCGCCAGUUUCCUCUCUUUCUAAAAAAGCCUAGCCACCGUUGUCUCCUUCACUCUAAAAACUUUAUAAAUACCUCGAAAUCUAUCCUAUCCGUAUCACCCACCUUCUGUCUCUCUCUCUCUCUAAUAAUCCAUUCAAUCAGAUGGGAGAACUGGCAGUUGAAAAACAUGUUGAGUACAUUUUAGCUGUUGAAAAGAGAAAGGAUAGUUUUGAAUCGGUGGUGAUGGACCAUCUAAGACUGAAUGGGGCAUAUUGGGGAUUAACAACCUUGGAUCUUCUAAGGAAGCUUGAUACUGUCAAUGCAGAUGAAGUUAUUUCAUGGAUAAUGAAAUGCCAACAUGAAUCCGGUGGUUUUGCUGGUAAUAUUGGGCAUGACCCGCAUAUACUGUAUACUGUCAGUGCUGUGCAAGUGCUGGCCCUUUUCAACAAGCUAGAUGUUCUUGACAUUGACAAAGUUGCAACUUAUAUAACUGGGCUGCAAAAUGAAGAUGGAUCCUUUUCAGGAGAUAUGUGGGGUGAGGUGGACACACGGUUCUCUUAUAUUGCCAUAUGUUGUCUUUCAAUAUUACGUCGUCUGGAUAAAAUCAAUGUGGAGAAAGCUGUUAAUUACAUUGUGAGUUGCAAAAACCUGGAUGGUGGCUUUGGAUGCACACCUGGUGGCGAGUCUCAUGCAGGGCAAAUUUUCUGUUGUGUGGGUGCUCUUGCUAUAACGGGAUCUCUGCAUCAUGUUGACAAGGACCUUCUUGGGUGGUGGUUAUGUGAGAGACAAGUUAAAUCUGGUGGUCUUAAUGGCCGCCCUGAGAAACUUCCUGAUGUUUGCUACUCAUGGUGGGUUCUUUCUAGCUUGAUCAUGAUUGACAGAGUUCACUGGAUUGACAAGGGAAAACUUUUUAAGUUCAUCUUGGACUGUCAGGAUGUAGAAAAUGGUGGAAUUUCAGAUAGACCAGAUGAUGCUGUGGACGUCUUCCAUACAUAUUUUGGAGUUGCUGGACUUUCACUUCUUGAGUAUCCAGGAUUGAAAGCUAUUGAUCCAGCUUACGCAUUACCUGUUGAUGUCGUAAACAGAAUAUUUUUUUCAGCAGAUAAUUGACACAUUUAAAUGGCAUUGCUUUGCUUUGUUCCAUGUUUUUGUACCAUGACACCACACAUUCAUUUUCCGAGUGCUUAAAAAGUUCAGAUUGCCAUGCUGUGUUGAAUUUUCUGAUAUUUUAAUCUUCAAUAAAACCUUAUCAGUAUUUGUUCUCCCA